CAAAGCUUGUAGUGUGUUGUACGAAUGGAACCAUUGCGUUUGAUUUGCAAUGAUUUUAUUCAAAAAUUUAAUGCAUGUUUACCAACAUCACAGAAGACAAUGGCCACAAAUUGUCAGCAUUCUUGUCGCAUGCUUUUCUGGAGUAGUAUAUGGCCUUUCAUUUGCUUGGACGUCACCUUCGAUAUUAAAGAUCACCCAGGAUAAAGUUAACUAUGACAUAACAGAAAGAGAGGCAUCCUACUUUACCAUCAUCCCCUAUAUAGCGAUGGUGGUGGUGGUUCUUCCAUUUUCGUACCUUAACGAUAUUAUUGGCAGAAGAAAUACCAUACUUAUCAUGGCGAUACCAUGUAUAAUUUACUGGAUAAUUAUAAUAUUUGCGAAGUCAUUGUACAUGUUCUACUUUGCGAGAUUGCUUAGCGGUGUUACUGAGUUUCUUUUCAUCUCACUGCCGAUUUAUGUUGGUGAAAUAUCAUCACCAACGAUUCGGGGUACCUGGGGAAAUGCACUUUGUUUCUCCAUCAACUUUGGAAUAUUUCUUAUUAACGUUAUAGGAAGCUACUACACAAUACAAGUGACUGCGUACAUAUGCCUAGUGUUUUGUCUAGUAUUUGUGGCCAUAUUCCCAUUCAUUCCUGAUACUCCUUAUUACUACAUAAUCAAAGAUAAAGAACAAGAAGCUAAAGAUACUCUAAAGUGGUUGUAUCAAGAAGAAGACGUGGAAGAAAGGUACCAAUCGCUGAAGUCCGAUGUCCAAAGACAAAUAUCGGAAACUGGUACCUGGAAAGAUCUAUUUCAAAUCCCAACCAACAGAAAAGCUUUAAUAACCGGAUUUUAUGUCCAAGUGUCAAUCCCAUUUAGUGGCCUUACUGCUUUCAUAGCACAAAGUCAACAACUAUUUAACGAAUCCAAAAGCAAUGUGUCAGUGGAAGCUUCAUCGAUCAUAAUCACUGGACUAAUAGCUGCAGCUUCACUAUUCGCAGUGUAUACUGCAGAUUUAAUAGGAAGAAGGAACUCCUACAUAUAUUCCUGCCUAAUUUGCACUUUGUUGCUACUAGUGGGCACCAUUUACUUCUGGACUUCGCAACAUAGACCCGACUUGGUCACCAACUUCCACUGGGUUCCCCUUACAGUGAUGGUGGUGUUCUGCAUCACUCACACUGUAGGAAUCGGGGCUGUAAGUCUUCUGAUGUUGGAGGAACUGUUUUCUGCAAGUGUUAAAACUAAAGCUCUGUGCGUAUGUACUUUUAUAUUUGGGCUUACUGGGGCUAUAAACAAUGAAAUUUUUAAUGUUUUGCUGUUGACUUUCGGUAUGUACUCAGCUUUUUUGUAUUUUACUGUGACGUGCGCGAUUUUGUUUGUUUUUUCGUUUAAAUUGGUGCCCGAGACAUCGGGAAAAACUUUGGAGGAGAUUCAACAAGACUUAAAGAAGAACAAAAUGUAGAAAAUUUUACGUUUAUAAAUUUAUAAUUAUUAUAAUAGCCUCAAUUAUUUUAUUAAAAAACAUCUUAUAUAGGAAAUAUUAACAUGCUUGCUUAAAGCCUUUGAAAUUUUUACCGUGGUUAAAUGUCACGUUUUAUAUUUUAUGUAUGGUAUGUGCAAUACUAAAACUUUACCUUGUAUUUAUGUAUUAUAAUUGGAGAUAUAAUUAAUAUAACACAAAAGAAAUUAUUUAAAUAACUUCUCCACUACCAUAACUAAUUUUAUAUUAAAUAAGGAAACCCCGAUAAAACACCUAUAAAUAAAUUUAUUUGCAAAAGCAGCCUUGAUUAUAAAAAAGAAAGUCAGUCGCAGUCUUAAGCGGAUAAACAACAAUACUAUGACUGUUUACAACAAUCUGGUGCAUGUGUAUGAAAAUCACAGAAAACAAUGGCCCCAAAUCGUCAGCAUCCUAAUUUCCUGUUUUUCUGGAGUGGUUUAUGGUCUAUCAUUUGCCUGGACAUCACCAUCCAUAGUAAAAAUAACCCAGGAUAAAGAAAACUAUAAUAUAACCGAACAUGAAGCGUCGUACUUCACAAUCAUUCCGUACGUAGCCACCACUCUAACUAUACUGCCACUAUCAUACCUGAACGAUAUUAUAGGGCGAAAACACACCAUAAUGAUUAUGGCGAUACCAUGUAUAAUAUACUGGAUAAUUAUUAUAUUCGCAAAGUCAGUGUACAUGUUUUAUUUGGCAAGGUUAUUCAGUGGUGUAACAGAGUUCCUCUUCAUUUCACUUCUCAUGUAUGUCGGUGAAAUAUCGUCGCCAACAAUUCGUGGUACCUGGGGAAACGCUCUCUAUUUCUCCGUGAAUGUUGGAAUACUACUGAUCAACGUUAUUGGAAGCUACAACACCAUCCAAAUGACUGCGUACAUAUGUCUAGGGUUCUGUUUAGUCUUCGUGGCCAUUUUUCCCUUCAUCCCGGACACUCCGUACUACUACAUCAUCAAAAAUAAAGAGCAGGAAGCCAGAACAACCUUAAAGUGGCUGUAUCAAGAGGAAGACGUGGAAGAACUCUAUCAAUCGCUCAAAUCCGACGUACAUCGACAAAUAUCGGAAACCGGUAAAUGGAGGGACGUCUUCCAAAUCUCAACCAACCGCAAAGCUCUGAUAACCGGGUUUUACAUGCAAGUGUCGCUUCCCUUUAGCGGAUUAACGGCGUUCAUCGUACAAAGCCAGCAACUAUUCCAGGAAUCCGGAGGAGAGGUAUCAGCGGAAGCAUCAGCCAUCAUAAUAACUGCCAUAAUAACGGCAACAUCGCUCUUCGCAGUACUAACGGCGGACAAGUUGGGGAGAAAAAACUCCUUCAUAGGCUCAUGCUUCCUCUGCAUGGUUCUGCUGUUCAUCGGAGUUGUAUUCUUCUGGACGGAGCAGCACCAUCCGAACCUCGUAGAAGGUUUCCACUGGCUUCCUCUGGUGAUAAUGGUGCUCUUCUGCAUCAUCCACACCAUUGGAAUUGGUACCGUUGGGUUUCUGAUGAUGGAGGAGUUAUUCUCAGCCAGCAUCAAAACCAAAGCUCUUAUGCUGUGCACGUUAUCAUUUGGGAUUACUGGCGCGAUCAACAACGAGAUAUUUAAUCUAUUAUUGCUCAAUUUUGGUUUGUACUCGGCGUUUUUAUAUUUUACAUUUGCUUGUGCACUAUUAUUUAUACUAUCCUUCAAAUUAGUGCCAGAGACUUCAGGAAAAACUCUGGAGGAAAUUCAGCAAGACUUAAAAAAGAACAACAAUGACAAUGUGGUUGUUUAGGUUUAUAGACCUGUGAAUUAAUUUUCUUUUUGAUAAAUUGUGAUUUUUAUGAUUAGUUUUAAUAUACAGGGUCCCUUUCUCUGUGGCUCGAGUUCUGGGACACCGUGUGUCUGCCAUAACCUUGUUCUAAAGACUUAUAAUCGUAUAUGCCAUCUAGACAUUUGUAUUACCCAUAUUGGAUUGAAUUAAAUAUAUUUUUACUUAUAAUACAAAAAUGUACUUACUUAUAAAUAUUGCACAUAUCUGAGGCCACUCUUUGCCAUGUUGAGGUGCUGUGAAAUCUUUAGAUAGCCGCUGUUCAAUCUUCAUUAAGACCUAUUUGUUUCCACACCUAAAUAGAAUUAAACGUUUUUUGCUUAAAUAUGUAAAAAACUCUUUAAAUAAAACAAGAAGAUUAAGUAUGGACUAUUUUAGAUAUAAAAUGAAACAAAAUAUUUAGUCAGGGCUUUCUUUCCCUUUAUA